CCGAGAAUGCUCCAAACAAAGGCAAAUCGAUCUAAUAUCGUCUCAUAUCUCGCCACGUGUAACUUCAAAUAAGUUCGCCCCCACUCGAUUAUUGCUUUUAGCGGCGCGUUUUAUUCAAUCGCCACCCAUCGCAACCUACCUUCCCGCCGAAGUCACCGGUCGGCUUUGUCCCUUCCCCGCCAUUAACGCCCAAACUCCAAAUUAUAUCAAAAAGCUCCGUGGCCAUGUCUUUCUCCAUUUCCUCAACUCUUUCCCUUUCCGCUUCCUCUUCUCUUCCCCAUGCUCUCUUUCCCCCUCCCCACUCUUCCAUGUCUCUCCUCCGCCGCCUGACAUCCGGCCGUCUUAGAUUCAACAUCCCUCAACCUCCCAGACGAUUCGCCACCGCGGCUGCUGCAGCCGUACGCCAGGAUACUGCUUCUUGGACCCACGCUCCUCUUAUCGAAGUCGAGCCCGCUGCCGAGUCUCUCUUCCACGUUUCCAUAGACGUGUCCGACGCGCCGGACCUCGUUGCUUCACACACGCGUGCUGGUCAGUACCUGCAGCUUCGUGUCCCUGACGUGGAGAAACCGACGUUCCUAGCCAUCGCGUCUCCUCCAUCUCUUGCGUCUUCGGAAGGCGUGUUUCAGUUCCUCGUGAAAAACGUGGAGGGAUCGAUCGCUGAGCUUUUAUGUGGAUUAAAGAAAGGAGAUGUCGUGCAACUCAAUCAGGUCAUGGGAAGCGGAUUCGAUGUCGAUCAAAUCGCGCCGCCGCAGAAUUACCCAACCGUUUUCAUUUUUGCCACUGGAUCUGCAAUCAGUCCAAUACGAUCUCUAAUUGAGUCGGGCUUCGGGGCGGUUAAGAGGUCUGAUGUGAGGCUAUAUUAUGGGGCAAGAAACCUCAAAAGGAUGGCUUAUCAGGAUAGAUUUAAAGAUUGGGAGUCUUCUGGUAUUAAGGUCGUGCCAGUAUUGUCACAACCUGAAAAUGAUUGGACUGGUGAAAGUGGCUAUGUCCAGGCUGCCUUCACUAGAGCAAAGAAAGCUUUCGACCCUCUCUCUACUGGUGUCAUACUCUGUGGUCAGAAACAGAUGGCUGAGGAAGUUACGUCAAUUCUUUUAGCAGAUGGAGUCUCUAGUGAGAAGAUACUAAAGAAUUUUUGAACAAACAAGGAGAGUAUAGUAUUGUUGUAUCAUCAAUUUGGUCAAAGAUGUUUAUAUUCGUUUUUUCACCCUACUGAUGAAGGUACGCACCUCAGCUUGAACUACAUAAUAAAAGUAUUUUAGGGACUAGAAGAUGAACACUAUAUAUAUGACCAGAAUUUUCUGGACUGAUGCUAAUACCUUGCCAAUUCCAAAUUGAGUGA